GAUCCCCGUAGUUGUUGCGAUCCCGUUGGCCCCGGCGGUCGUGUCAUUUCUAAUCAUUCACAGCUCCACAAGGGUGCCGUUAUCCCGGGUCGGUCUUUUUUCGGGGCCCGACCCGACACUGCCAUGCCCGGCUAUCCUGAUGAAAGGUAGCAGGCAGCGUUUCCAUCAGUCUUGGUAGAAUCCAGUUGAGUAUAUAAGAGUGAGGUAGGCAGCCGCGUAUCGAGAGUUUCUCAUCUGAUCUUCCAGAGGGGACUUCACAAGCAGCAGAAUCUCCUACAUCUAUCGGCCACCCCAAAGUCCAUUGAUACUGACCCGUUUCGUCCGCAUUCCCCCACUAUCUAUCAUGGUCAACAACGAGGCCAAGGUAUUGGAGAGGUACGAGGCCGAGCGCACCAAGCGCGCUGGCGUCGCCAACUUCAAGCAGCGGGCGUCGACCCGGACCGAGUCCCUGGCGGACUUGGCGCGUGACCCCUGGGUGGAUUACGACGCACUAGCCCGACAGCCCGCGGCCCUGAAGGGCGGCGACGACACCCAGGUUGUCAUCCUCGGCGCUGGCCAUGCAGGCCUUAUCUUCGCAGCCGAGAUCAUCCGGGCCGGCUUCAGCCCGGACCGCCUGGUCGUCGUGGACGAGGCCGGCGGCGUCGGCGGCACCUGGUACUGGAACCGCUACCCGGGCCUGACGUGCGACGUGGAAGGGUACACGUACCUGCCCCUGCUCGAGGACACCGAAUUCGUGCCCAAGCACCGCUACGCGCGCGGCGAGGAAAUUCGGGAGAACGCGGAGCGCAUCGCCAAGAAGUUUGGCGUCCGCACCAUGCUCUGCACCAAGCUGCUCUCCGCCGACUGGGACGAGGGUCUGAGGCGCUGGGUGCUCCGCUUCCGCCGCGACCUCGGCCCGUCCCACGCGGACCUCAACGGCGAGUUCGUCGUGCACGCGCAGUACUUCAUCCCGCAGCCCGGGUCGUUGCACGUCCCGUCGGCGCCGGCCCUGCCGGGCCUGGACGAGUUCCGGUGCAACCGCAAGAUAUUCCACACGGCGCGGUGGGACUACAAGUACACGGGCGGCAGCCAGGAGAAUCCGGAGCUCGUCAAGCUCAAGGACAAGGUGGUCGGCAUCAUCGGGACCGGCGCUACGGCGGUACAGGCGGCACCCGAGCUGGCCAGGUACGCCAAGCACCUGUACGUCUUCCAGCGCACGCCCUCGUACGUCGGCCCGCGCGACCAGAUCGAGACGACGCCGGAGCUGUGGGCCAAGGUGACGGCCCCGGGCGCCGGCUGGCACAAGGCCCGCAUGACCAACCUGAACCGGUUCCUGACCGACGACCCGACCGCGACCGAGGCCGACAACCUGCUCAAGGACGGCUGGAGCCGCGCGCGCGGCUUCUCGGGCUUCAUUGGCAGUACCCGCGCCCACGCGGUGGACCUGUCCACGCCCGAGGCCAUCGCGGCCAACGUCCAGGACAUGAUGCGGCGCGGGCUGCCCGAGGACGAGCGCCUGCGCGGGCACGUCCGCGAGGUGGUCAAAGACCCCGCCACGGCCGACAAGCUGACGGCCUGGUACGCCGGCUGGUGCAAGCGCCCGAACUUCCACCAGUGGUACCUCCAGUGCUUCAACCGGCCCAACGUCACCCUCGUCGACACGGACGGCCAGGGCGUCGAGGCCUACACGGCCGGGGGCGUUGUGGCCUGCGGCAAGGAGUACGAGCUCGACGCGCUCGUGCUGGCCACGGGCUUCGACCAGGCCGCGGGCCGCGGGCUUGAGAGCGUGGGCGCGCCCAUCCGCGGCCGCGGCGGCAAGUCGCUGCUGCAGACGCUGGCCGAGGGGGGCGUGUACGCGGGCGCCGCCGCCCUCGGGUUCCCCAACAUGUUUUUGGCCUCGCCCUCGGGCGGCACCGGGUCGGCCAACAUGACGUCGACGUACACCAUGAGCGCCCGCCUCGCCGCCCACGUCCUCCGCACGGCUGAGAAGACGGUGGCCGAGCGCGAGCCGGGGGCGGACCUGGGCAGGCUCGUCAUCGAGGUCGACGACGAGACGCUACAGAGCUGGAACGAGCUCCUGCGACCUAAGAAGGGCUGGUUCGCCGGCCUCGGCGCGUGCCCCCCGACCUACUUCACCCUGUACAAGGAGACCAACCAAGACUCGGUGACUGAGGAGGGUGUGUGGCCUUUCGGCCCGGUCGAUUUUGAAAAUAAUCUGGACAGCUACAUCAGCGAGGGCAAGCUGAAAGGAUUUAACACGAGCACUUGAUCCUGUGUGCCGGUCUGGCAUGGGCUCGUGCCUAGGGUAGCCAGACUCACAAUCUACCUGGACUUCUUUACCUUUUUGUUUGUCGGCUCGCUAGUUCGGCCUAGCCUAUCUGCAUACCGUAAUUAUCUGGACAGAUUUAUCACAAGCGCUGUUUAUUACGGUCACUCCCAAAUGCCUGCCUGCCUAGGAUCUUCGUUCUUUUAUAUCUUCUCGUAGAGU